AAAGGAAGGCAUAAAACAAUGUUAGUCAAAAAUUAGCCUUCUUAGUAUUACUUUCAAAACUUUACUGUAUUUUCAUAAACAAGUGGCGGGAAAAGGCAUAUUUAAUGCUGGGAUAGUAAAUCCCCCAAAAGCUGCCCAAUAAUCCAGUUAUUUAGCUUUUUUAAACAGCGUCUCCAGAGCUGACUCAGCUAUGAUAAAUCUUUCAAAGGCAAUGGGACGACUCUGUUCUCUCCGGGUGUUCUGAUUGUGUCUACAUAUGAAGUUAAUCAAACUUAUUCACAGGAAGACGCAUUUUCCCCUGGCUCAGUUCCUUGAACGUGAAAGCCCCAUGCUCUGUUAUAGGCCCUAAUAGAUAUAACAAACAUAAUUGAAAUAAAAUAGAAAACAGUGCCAUGCAUCUCCACUAAUUCCUACAGUAACCCAAGGUAUGUUUGGGUCCGGGAGACAAAGUGAGGUUAUAAUUAGCUAAAUCGCACUUUAAUAAUAAAAAACUUUAUACAAUUUCAAAUUGAUGGACAAUCGACAUGAGGAAAUGGUGUUCUCAAGGAGGCAUAAAAACCAUAGGUUUAGAACUAAUGAUAAAUACAGAAAAGCACUUAUGUUGCACCUAAAACAUUAUACCCUUGCAUUAUUAUGCCCUGCGGUGAAAUCUUUCCCUGAGCCCGCACAGGCACUGAGUUAUGAUAAAUGCCAGUUAGGAGAGAAGAAAUGUGUUAGUGGUUGUAAACUUGUGAUUACUUUCAGGAAACUGAAAACCAGUGAGCCAUGCUUAAUGCUUGAGAAAACUCAGGCUAAAACUUACCGUAGAAAAUGGGAUCUGAAAACUUAGCUAAGUUACUACCAGCUCUCCCGUGCAAGGAGCGGCGCAAGAGUUCUGAAUGCAAAAGAUGCCAGUGAUCAAUAUUGAGGACCUGACGGAAAAGGACAAGUUGAAGAUGGAAGUUGAUCAGCUCAAGAAAGAAGUAACGCUGGAAAGAAUGCUGGUAUCCAAAUGUUGUGAAGAAGUGAGGGAUUAUGUUGAAGAAAGAUCUGGGGAGGACCCACUAGUAAAGGGCAUCCCAGAGGACAAAAACCCCUUCAAGGAGCUCAAAGGAGGUUGUGUGAUUUCAUAAGAAAAAAAAAUCCUUGGAAUAUCUUGAGCUUUAAUGACAAUA